GCGGCAAAAGCCCGGGUUUAUAAUAAACGGCGGGGGGGACGCGGCGGCUGUGACGUCACGGGGGGAGUCGCCGCCGCCGAGAGGAGCUCGGUGGGCACGGGCGGGCGCGCCGCAGUGGCCGGUGUCCGCCCCGCUCCGCGCCCGCAACUUCCCGCAACAAAGUUGGUUAGCGGCGGACCGGCCCGGCGGCGAUGUGGGGCUCUGCGGGGGCCCCGAGUUAGUGUCGACCGCGCCGCCGGUACGCGGGUUGGGGUAACCCGGUUCCGCCCCCCCCAUCCCUUCUCCUCCACCCCCGGUGAGAGACCCCCGCGGCCGCCCACGGGGAUGCGGACGCGGCGCUGAGCGUUUCGCCAUGGAGGGGCCGAGCGGGUCCAGCUUCGGGAUAGAUACGAUCCUGUCGGGUGGCAGCACCGGCAGCCCCGGAGUCAUGAACGGAGAUUUUCGCCCCCACGGCGACGGCCGGCCGGCGGAUUUCAGGAGCCAGGCCACGCCGUCCCCCUGCUCGGAAAUCGACACGGUGGGGACGGCGCCCUCAUCGCCCAUCUCGGUGAGCAUGGAGCACCCCGAGCCGCACCUGGGGGUGGCGGAAAGCCUCCCGCCGCCGCCGCACCACCUCCACCUCGGCCCACACCCGCCGCCGCCGCCGAGUUUGCAGCCGUCGCCCCCGCAGCCACCGCCGCCACAGCUGGGCUCGGCCAGCUCCGGCCCCAGGACUUCCACCUCUUCUUUUUUAAUUAAAGACAUUUUGGGCGACAGCAAACCGCUAGCGGCGUGUGCACCUUACAGUACCAGCGUCCCCUCUCCCCACCACACUCCCAAGCAGGAGGGCAGCGCGGCCCCGGAGAGCUUCAGGCCCAAACUCGAGCAGGAGGACGGUAAAGCCAAGCUCGACAAGCGCGACGACACGCAGGGGGACAUCAAAUGCCACGGGACAAAGGAGGAGGGCGAUCGGGAGAUCAGCAGCAGCCGGGACAGCCCGCCAGUGCGGGCCAAGAAGCCUCGGAAGGCACGAACAGCCUUCUCCGACCAUCAGCUCAACCAGCUGGAGCGCAGCUUCGAGCGGCAGAAGUACUUGAGCGUGCAGGACCGCAUGGACUUGGCCGCCGCCCUCAACCUCACCGACACGCAGGUCAAAACCUGGUACCAGAACCGAAGGACGAAGUGGAAGCGACAGACGGCGGUGGGCCUGGAGCUGCUGGCCGAGGCCGGGAACUACUCAGCGCUGCAGCGGAUGUUCCCCUCGCCCUAUUUCUAUCACCCCAGCCUGCUGGGCAGCAUGGACAGUACGACGGCGGCUGCGGCGGCCGCAGCCAUGUACAGCAGCAUGUACCGGACUCCCCCCGCGCCGCACCCCCAGCUCCAGCGGCCGCUGGUGCCGAGGGUGCUGAUCCACGGGCUGGGGCCCGGCGGGCAGCCGGCCCUCAACCCCCUGGCCAACCCCAUGCCCGGCACCCCGCACCCCCGGUGA